CAGAAUAAUACCGGCCUGACAUGCAAUCCCGUGAGGGAUCUUUAAGCAACAGGCCUUUCCUACUUUUUCUUACCCUUAUGGUUUUGGGUUUAACCUCAUUCUGCCUUCUUGGUGUUUUUUCUUGACCUCAGCCUCUCUCUACUCUUUGUAGACAUAAAUGAAUGCACAGAUUUUGUAGAUGUCCCUUGUAGACAUUUCAGCAACAAUUUCACUGGUGGUUACUUCUGCUCCUGCCCCCCGGAAUAUUUCCUCCAUGAUGACAUGAAGAAUUGUGGAGUUAAUUGCAGUGGGGAUGUAUUCACUGCACUGAUUGGGGAGAUUGCAAGUCCCAAUUAUCCCAAACGGUACCCAGAGAACUCAAGGUGUGAAUACCAGAUCCGGCUGGAGGAAGGGUUCCAAGUGGUGGUGACUGUGCGGAGAGAAGAUUUUGAUGUGGAACCAGCUGACUCAGAGGGAAACUGCCUUGACGGUUUAGUUGUGCGUGACGGUUGAUUAAUACCCCCACCCUCAACUUACAC